CACCUCCCGGUAUAGAUCCAGAGGUAACUUCACUGCUCACCUCUCACCCCUCGACAACUCGUCUUUCAAAGACAAGAAGUCUUUGGCCCAGGAUGAAGUACGCCAACCUCCUCCUGGCUGCCCUCGCGGCUCCGAUCCAGGCCGCCUUCACCUGGAAGAAUGUCAAGAUUGGCGGUGGCGGCGGAUUUGUUCCCUCAAUCGUCUUUCAUCCCACGACAAAGGGCGUAGCGUACGCUAGGACCGACAUUGGCGGGCUGUAUCGCCUCAAUGCCGAUGACUCGUGGACUCCGGUGACCGACGCCAACGGCUUUGCUGACGAUUCCCACUGGAACCGGUGGGGUGUUGAUGCUCUUGCGUUGGAUCCCCAGGACCCGAACAAAGUCUUCAUUGCCGUCGGCAUGUACACCAAUAGCUGGGACCCAAAUAAUGGACAAAUUGCGCGCAGCUCCGACAAGGGCGCGACCUGGUCCUUUACUGACCUGCCUUUCAAGGUCGGAGGUAACAUGCCGGGAAGAGGAAACGGCGAGCGUCUUGCAGUAGACCCCAAAAACUCUAACAUCAUCUACUUUGGUGCCCGAAGUGGUAAUGGACUUUACAAGAGUACCAACGGAGGUACGAGCUUCUCCAAGGUCUCCUCCUUCACCGCAGUUGGCACUUUCCGUGCAGGACCUGCCGACAACGAGUACAGCGGCGACAUACAGGGUAUCAACUUUGUGACUUUCGACUCAACUUCGGCCGCUCUCAGCGGAGCUACUUCUAGGAUCUUUGUUGGCGUUGCCGAGAACACCACUUCGUCCGUUUAUGUCUCUAAUGACGCCGGCUCGACCUGGUCGGCAGUCGCUGGCCAGCCUGGCAGAUACUUCCCCCACAAGGGAAGAAUUCAGCCCACAGAGAAGGCUCUCUAUCUCACGUACUCGGACGGUACUGGUCCCUAUGACGGCACUUCAGGCUCCGUGUGGAGGUACGACCUCACUGCCAACACUUGGAAGGACAUUACUCCUGUCGCGCCAGGCUCCGACCUGUACUUUGGCUUCGGUGGACUGGGACUUGACAUGCAAAAGCCCGGAACCCUGGUUGUUGCCACUCUCAAUAGCUGGUGGCCGGAUGCACAACUGUUUAGAUCAACUGAUUCUGGGACGACAUGGAAGAAGAUCUGGACAUGGGGUACCGACGGCAACCAAAACAUCAGUUAUGCUCAAACCAGCCCCAAGGCACCUUGGAUCAAGACCAAUUUCCUUGACGUCGACACCAAAGAUUUGGGCUGGAUGAUUGAGUCCCUUGAGAUCGAUCCCCUCGACUCAAACCACUGGCUUUGGGGAACUGGUCUGACCAUUUUCGGUGGCCAUGACCUUACCAACUGGGAUACAGGCGCCAAGGUAAAUAUCCAGUCCCUCGCAGAUGGCAUCGAGGAGAUGUCUAUCCAGGAACUCGCCAGUGCUCCCGGAGGCUCAGAGCUCUUGGUUGCCAACUACGACAACAACGGAUUCACGUUUAAGGCCAAGAGCAACCUCGAUACAUCGCCACAGACCACUUGGACCACCCCCAUGUGGGCCAGCUCUGUUGGCGUUGACUAUGCUGGUAACAAGGUCGCCAACGUCGUUCGCGUCGGCAACACCGCAGGCACUCAGCAACUGGCUGUCAGUUCCGACGGCGGAGCCACUUGGAACAUCAACUAUGCCGCCGGCACGACGCAGUACGGCGGCACAGUCGCGUACUCCGCCGACGCCGACACAAUCCUCUGGUCGACUGCAACUCUCGGGGUUCAGAGAAGCCAGAACCAAGGCUCUCUCGCCGUCGUCUCCAGUAUACCAGCCGGCGCCAUCAUCGCCAGCGAUAAGAAGAACAACACCGUCUUCUACGGCGCCUCCGGCUCCAGCUUCUAUCGCUCCACCAACCUCGGCGCAACGUUCGCCACCUCCGGCUCCUUCGGGUCCGCCACCGGAAUCCGCCACGUCGAAGCCCACCCGGCCAAGGCCGGCGACGUCUGGGUCUCAACCGACGUCGGAAUCUUCCACAGCACCGACUAUGGCGUCACCUUCACUCAGGUCUCCACCGCCCUCACCAACACGAAUAAGAUCGCCCUCGGCAAGGGCUCCGGCACCAACUGGAACCUAUACGCUUUCGGCACCGGCUCUGCAGGCCGCAGGCUCUACGGCAGCGCUGACCUCGGCGCCUCUUGGACGGACCUCCAGGGCACUCAGAGCUUCGGCGCCAUUGACAGCGCCAAGCUCGCCGGUUCCGGCAAUGAGGAGAACCUGGUAUACGUCGGCACCAACGGACGCGGUGCCUUUUAUGCCUCUGGCGCCAUUGCUUCCUCUGGCGGUGGCGCGUCCACUGUCGCGCCGACAUCGACUAGCAGGGCUUCGAGCUCCAGUGCUGCUGUGACCUCUUCGACUUCCUCUGCUAGGUCUUCUACUUUGACGACUUCUACCACGGUCCGAACUUCGACUAGCUCCGCGCCCGUGGCUACGGCGACGAACCUGGCUCCGCAGUACGGACAGUGUGGGGGACAAGGGUGGACCGGUCCUACGCAGUGCGUGUCGCCAUACACUUGCACUGUCGCGAAUCAAUGGUAUUCUCAGUGCCUGUGA